AUGCAAAAUAGCCCAAAGCGGGCUAGAGCCAAAAACCAGCGACAAGUGUGCACGCUCAACCUCCCGGUAAAACAACCUCCAGUUCUUCAUUCUUCUCCUUCGAACCAUCACCUCCAUCUCAGACAGCGACAGCCCAUCCCAGAUCAGCCCCAGCACGCAGCAGAAAGCAGCUCCAGUAAGGCUCUCCUCACAGACCUCUCCCUCUCGCAGCUCGUUUUCCGUCCUCUUGCUGCUCGCCUCGAUCCCUUUUUCCGCCUUGCUCUCCCUGCUCUCUCCCCUUGUUGCCAGCUCUUCCAGUCACUGCUCCUUGACCCGAAAACAUAUAAAAAAAAGACGAAGAAGAAGAUAACUAAAACUGAUAAGAAGAACCCAUCUUGGGUUGUUGUCUCUACAGAUGGCCGAGAUUCGUCGGCACUUUCCCAGAGGUUAGUUUCUGCUCAAUAUCUGCUACCGCCGAUCCAUCGACCGAGCGUUUCGGACUGUGAUUACAACAUAUCCAAUAUCUUGACUAACCUUGCUUCUCUCCAUCAAAAGGUCUACGUCCCAACUGUCUUCGAGAACUAUGUUGCCGAUGUCGAGGUUGAUGGAAAGCAUGUUGAGCUCGCCCUAUGGGAUACUGCUGGUCAGGAAGAUUAUGACCGUCUUCGCCCACUUUCAUACCCAGACUCCCACGUCAUUCUGAUCUGCUUCGCCAUCGAUUCCCCAGACUCCCUUGACAACGUCCAAGAGAAGAGCAAAACAGUUCGUAUCAGAUUGCUAACAGUGUUGAAAAAAUACAAACAGUGGAUCUCUGAGGUCCUUCACUUCUGCUCCGGCCACCCUAUCAUUCUCGUUGGAUGCAAGAAGGAUCUUCGACAUGACCAACGAACCAUAGAGGAACUGCACAAGACCUCCCAGAAGCCUGUAACCCCUGAGCAGGGUGAGGAGGUCCGCAAGAAGAUUGGCGCAUACAAGUACCUGGAGUGCUCUGCCCGAACAAACGAGGGUGUCCGCGAAGUUUUCGAGUCAGCCACCCGUGCUGCCCUGCUAUCCAAAGAGAAGACCAAGAAGUCCAAGUGUAGGCUUUUGUAA